CUCCCCGCCCCGUGCUGCUUUGGCUCCCCUCUCACAACGCAGCCUGUCCGGGUAGGAUGGGACCAGUAGCCAGAUAUCCAUGCAUGCCCUGACCGCUGAGUCUACUUCCUGGAUGGAAGAAUGGGACGUUUCCACUUUUUCUUUUUUUUUUCUCUCUCCGCCUUUCGUCACGCCGUCGCCUCGGAUAAUCACUUAAUAACGACCACGUGUAAUCAAUAAUACUUCUUUUGUGUUGCCUUUUUUUCAUUACGUGUAGUUUAAAAGACAAGGCGAUUGAUCGCCGAUUGACCCCCUCCACCCUCCUCCUCCACCACCUCCUCCUCCUCUCUCUCUCUAUCCACACUUCGGGAAUGUCGCUAUCUGGGAGCCCGCUACAGGCACGGCGGAGUCCAGCAGAUUUUCAACUGUUUUUGCACACAGCUGCUGUGGCGUUUCGUUUUAUUAUUCCUCGCAGCUAAAAAGCAGAGCAGCUCCAGCUCCAGCUCCGGGUCGGAGGCGAAUAAAUGUCUUUUUUUUGUCGCCCCUUAACACCGUGCUAACCAGUACUUUGAUGCUCAUGCCUUCGUGGCUUCGCCGUGCCAACUUCAGCUUCGGUUGGUGUGUGUGUAUGUGAUUUUUCUUUUUUUUGUCUUUUUCUUAAAAGGAGAGAAAAGACUUUAAACACACAAAAACAAAAACUUUGUCACCCGUUUGCCUUCUUGUUACUCUCGAUGAGUAGUCUAACAUGCGGAGAAUACGGGAACCGAGUUACUGGUGGAUUUUAUCCUUAAUGUUUUUAACCUUGCCCAAACACAAAGACUGUCACCCCGUUGCAUCAGGUGGCCAACCUCACCAUGCCGGAGACGGGCACCAUGGGAGCACAGGCGUAAUGAGGGAGAGGAGGGCAGCUGGUGACCCCUAUUGGUCCUAUUCAGGAAGCCAUGGACCUCGAGGCUGGGCAGCCUCAUACCCAGAAUGUGCCGCGAAGAACCAAUCACCUGUGGACAUUUCCGAUGAACAAGCUUCGGUUUCAGAGGAGUAUCAGGCGCUGGUGCUUGAGAAGUUCAGUACUGAGUCCUCCAACCAGACCACCAUGAAAAACACAGGAAAGACAGUUGCUGUUCUCCUGAAGGAUGACUACUUCGUAAGAGGUGCUGGAUUGCCAGGGCGUUUUAAGGCUGAGAAGAUGGAGUUUCACUGGGGCCACAGUAAUGGAUCAGCAGGCUCAGAACACAGCAUAAAUGGCAGAAGGUUCCCUGUAGAGAUGCAGAUCUACCUUUACAAUUCAGACGACUUUGACAGCCUCAGCGCUGCCAUCAAGGAAAGACGCAUCAUUUCUGCCAUGGCGGUCUUCUUUGAGCUGGGGCAAAAAGACAAUCCAGCUGUAGAUCCAAUCAUCCAGGGAUUGAAAGGAGUAGUACAUCACGAAAAAGAGACCAACCUCAGGUCAUUCAUCUUGAGAGAUCUGCUGCCAUCAUCAGCGGACAGUUAUUACCGAUACACCGGCUCUCUGACCACACCACCCUGCAGUAAGGUAGUGGAGUGGAUCAUCUUCUCCAGGCCUGUGUAUCUGUCCCACUCACAGCUGGAGGCCUUUUAUUCCAUCUUCACAACAGAGCAACAGGAUCACGUCAAGUCUGUGGAGUACUUGAGGAACAACUUCCGGCCCCUGCAGGACCUGAACAACAGGAAAGUCUUUAAGUCGGCCGUGAAAGAUGCAUGGCAGAAAGAUUUAACGGAGAUGGUGGGAAGCCCUCAUAGCACUGAGGCUUCAAGAGUGUGCAGUAGUGCCCCAGUGAACAUGAAGAUCCAGCCCCUGAAUCAGACAGCGUUGAUGGUGAGCUGGGAACGCCCCCUUACCGUCUACCACCCACCCAUCACCAGUUACAUGGUCUCCUACAGCUGGGUGAAACGUGAUGUUGCAGAUGAAAAGACUUUCACCAAGACCGGGGACCAGAGUAUGAAAGCAGUCAUCACUAACGUGUCCCCUGACGUCCUGUACCUGUUCAGAGUGCAGGCGGUGUGUCAGCAUGACCUGCGCAGUGAUUUCAGCCAAACGCUGUUGUUUAGAGCGAAUACAACAAGAAUAUUUGAAGGCUCUCGCAUUGUGAAGACUGGGAUGCCCACAAUUUCCCCAGCAUCCUCAGCAGACAUGGCUCCCAUCAGCUCUGGUUCCUCCACUUGGACGUCCUCUGGCAUCCACUUCUCCAUAGUCUCCAUGGCAACAGGGAUGGGCCCCUCCUCUAGUGGCAGCCAGGCCACAGUGGCGUCAGUUGUGACGAGCACCUUACUGGCAGGCUUGGGCGUAGGCGGCGGGGUCAUCUCUUCGUUGCCAAGUUCUGUUUGGCCCACACAGGCGCCCCAAGCCACACAGAACCCCACCCGUCCAUCCGCCCCGCCUGCAAAGUCCAGCACUGAGCAGGCGGCGCCACAGGGCUCCGAUACAGACACCCCAUCUGAGGAGAAACAAGCUGCACAUGAGGGCAAGGAGGAGGAAGAGGAGGGGGAGAAAGAGGAAGAGCAGGAGGACGGAGAGGUUGAAAAGAAGAAAAAGAACAAGACUGCACCUGAUAAUGAGGAAAAGCAAGCAAACAGCACCGUGGUCAAAGAACCGUUAAUUCCCACCCCUGCAUCCACAGCCAAAGAGAAAGGAGAAGAAAGGCCGACAGUCAAAGGCACCACAGUACCUGCAAGCACCCGUGAUGACCAGUUGGUCCACGUAGAGAAGCCCACAGAUGUAAAUGCCAUCUCCACUCAGGAGCCUCGUAAUGACAGUGCAGAGAUGCAGAUACCCCAGAGCUCCACGCUGCCCCCGUUCAUUGUUGAUGGGAAAGGAAUCUGGCCUUUCUCUGUCCACACUGACAGGACCGUCUUGUCCAACGUGACCCGAGCCCCUCACCCCGGUAUGGGCAGGAUGGUGUGGAUCGUCCCCUUGGUCGUGGUGUCAGCUCUCACUCUGCUCUGCCUCAUAAUGCUGCUGAUAGUGAUGGUCUACUGGAGGAGGUUUUUCCAGACAGCUCACUUCUAUGUGGAGGAGAGUAACUCUCCACGAGUGGUGGCCAAUGAGAAUAUACCAGUCAUACCUAUACCAGAUGACAUGGAGGCCAUCCCCGUCAAGCACUUUGUCAAACACAUCAUGGAGCUGUACAAGAACAACCUUCAAGGUUUCUCUGAAGAGUUCGAGGAGGUCCAACGCUCCACAGCAGACCUGAAAAUCACAGCCGAACACUCAAAUCAUCCUGACAACAAGCACAAAAACAGAUACAUCAACAUUGUGGCCUAUGACCACAGCAGGGUGAAAUUACGAGCUCUGGCGGGGAAAGAUGCCAAACAUUCGGAUUACAUAAACGCCAACUAUGUGGACGGUUACAACCGGCCCAGAGCUUAUAUAGCUGCUCAGGGUCCUCUCAAGUCUACAUUCGAGGACUUUUGGAGGAUGGUUUGGGAGCAGAACACUGGAAUCAUCAUCAUGAUCACCAACCUGGUGGAAAAGGGCAGAAGGAAAUGUGACCAGUACUGGCCGAUGGAGAACAGCGAGCAGUACGGAAACAUUGUGGUGACGCUGAAAAGCACCAAAGUGCACGCCUGCUACACACUGCGGCAUUUCCUUAUCAGGAACACGAAAGUUAAAAAGGGUCAGAAGGGGAACCCUAAAGGGAAGCUUAAUGAGCGCAUCAUAGUCCAGUAUCACUACACUCAGUGGCCUGACAUGGGAGUACCAGAGUACACCCUCCCCGUCCUCACCUUCAUCAACCGCUCAUCAGCGGCUCGCACUGCAGACAUGGGCCCCGUCCUGGUGCACUGCAGUGCCGGGGUUGGGCGCACGGGAACGUACAUCGUCAUUGACAGCAUGCUACAGCAGAUCAAGGACAAAAGCACAGUCAGCGUCCUGGAUUUUCUCAAACAUAUCCGCACACAACGCAACUACCUAGUUCAGACCGAGGAGCAGUAUGUUUUCAUCCACGAUGCUCUAAUGGAGGACAUCCUGAGCAGAGAGACAGAGGUGCCCGCCUGCCAGCUGCACAGUUAUGUCAACAGCAUCCUCACGCCCAACUCAACAGGCCGCACACAGCUGGAGAAGCAGUUCAGGCUUCUUAGUCAGUGCAACACGCGCUUUGUGGAGUGCUUCAGUGCCCACAAAGACAGCAACAAGGAGAAGAACCGCAAUUCCUCAGUGGUUCCCUCGGAGCGAGCAAGGGUCGGACUCACCACUCUGCCUGGAAUGAAAGGAACAGAUUACAUUAAUGCAUCUUACAUAAUGGGUUACUUCAGGAGUAAUGAGUUCAUCAUUACCCAGCAUCCUUUGCCUCACACCACCACAGACUUCUGGAGGAUGAUUUGGGACCAUAACGCUCAAAUUAUUGUCAUGUUGCCUGACAACCAGGGCCUGGCUGAGGAUGAAUUUGUUUACUGGCCGAGUCGGGAAGAGGCCAUGAACUGCAUCUCCUUCACGGUCACACUCAUCAGUAAGGACAGACUGUGCCUCUCCAACGAGGAGCAGAUCAUCAUCCACGACUUCAUCCUGGAGGCCACACAGGACGACUACGUUCUGGAGGUGAGACAUUUUCAGUGCCCUAAAUGGCCCAACCCUGAUGCUCCUCUCAGCAGCACCUUCGAGCUCAUCAGUGUGAUCAAGGAGGAGGCCAUGACUCGAGAUGGCCCCACCAUCGUGCACGAUGAGUAUGGAGCAGUGUCAGCAGGCAUGCUCUGUGCCCUCACCACACUGUCCCAGCAGCUGGAGAACGAGGGGGUGGUCGACAUCUACCAGGUGGCUAAGAUGAUCAAUCUGAUGAGGCCGGGAGUCUUCACUGAUAUAGAGCAGUACCAGUACCUUUACAAAGCCAUGCUCAGCCUGGUCGGUAACAGAGAGUGUGGCCUGAGCCCCAUGCACAUGGACACUAAUGGGGUGGUGGUGAUCGCAGACGAGUCGGACCCUGCAGAGAGCAUGGAGUCGCUCGUCUGAGGACAUUCCUGCAGGCACUUAAUUUGUAAAAACUCGAGAACUUUUCUGAGGCCUUUUUUGCCAGACUAUUGAUUAAAUGAAUAACCUUAUUACUUUUUAUACUGAUAAAAGUUUUUUGAUAUUUAUGUUUUUGUCCUUUAUUUCUUGUCUUAAAUGUUAUCCUGCUGAGCGUUUGCACCUGUUUUUAAGUUGACGUGAGGAAAAAGCAGCUCUGUCCGGUUUGCACUAUACUAUCAGUGUUACUGCCUAAAUCCAGUGAGUGAGAAGGUUUCACAGUGAAAUCCUAGCAUCACGACACAACUGGGGAUCUUUGGACCGCAUUGAGACAAACCUGAAGCAUGAAGACCAGGAUGAGUUACGGCGAUCCACUUCUAAUAUUGUCUCACAACAAAACAACACAUCACAGCGUAGCCCAGCAUGCAUUAUGUCACUUUGCCACCUCGAUCUAACUAACUGUUUUGAGGCUCCGCUCCACAUGGGUGAAACUCUUUAUCACAUGUCAAGAGACUAUUACCUGCCUAAUAUUCAUAUAUUGUCCAAAUAUCUCACUGCUGUCUUGUAUAAUGUACUUAUGGCUUAUUUUGUGUGUUACAACAUCUAAUGUGAACGUUUAUUGCUUUUUACAGGGAUUUAUAUUGUUAUAUUGUUUAUCCUUAAUAGCCAGCCAAUGCUUUCGUUUUUUUUAAUUUUUCAGUAUUUUUGCUUAUUUGUCCACUUGCCUUGAUGUAGAUUAUUAUUUUUUAGAUUAUGUACCUUGUUAUGAAUUAUCUACAUUUUCAUCUUCAACUGUCAAAGCUCCACUGUUAACAAAUGUAAUGGGUAUGUGUAUUGAUGCAGUACAAUGUCUACAAAAAAUAUUCACCCCACAUAAACUUCCAUAUUUUACUUUAUUUUACAACAUUAAAUCUCAGUGGAUGUGACCAUGGUUUGCUUUUGACACUGAUCAGUAGAAGAAAUAAAUGCCUGCAAAUUGAUCUACAUACACUAAACCAAAACUUGAAGUCUUCACAACUCAUCAAGACAAUAUUUAGUUUAAAAAAAUUGUUUUGGCAACAUUACAGAGAGUUGAUGUUUAUCUUUGUACGUCUGGACACGUUUGCAGAGUUAAAUGAGGACUGUGAGUGAGUGUGAUUUUGUUUUUUUGAAGACAUUCCUGUGUAUAGCUGUGGCUUCAUAUUUUCGUCACUGAUCUGAUGAAAAAUAAAUCUUCUUGCCGUUCUCUCAUUCAAAUCCUUUCGGGAUUUAAAAUAAAAAUAUAUAUUUUA